AUGGCUGAAUCAGGAGAAAGCGAAGAUGAAAUCCAAUUUCUACGUACGAAUGAUGAGGUGGUGCUGCAGUGCAUCUUCACAUCCCAACAGGAGCAUCUGAAACUGUGCCUGGCUGCAGAGGGCUUUGGCUGCAGACUCUGCUGUCUGGAGUCCACCUCCAACUGCAAGAAUGUUCCUCCAGACCUGUCGGUGUGUUCCUUUGUGCUGGCCCAGUGUCUGUCUGUCAGAGCUCUGCAGGAGAUGCUGGCUAACAGGGAGGACCAAGCAGCAGGGUUAUGUUGUGUUGUGCAGGCUGGUCAGGGAGGUGGUCAUCGCACCCUCCUCUACGGUCAUGCUGUACUGCUCAUACACUCCUACAGCAGGAUGUAUCUUUGCUGUUUGUCCACAUCCCAGUCUUCGACAGAUAAGCUAGCGUUUGAUGUUGGUCUGCAGGAUGAUAAAACAGGUGAGGCAUGCUGGUGGACCAUUCACCCUGCAUCCAAGCAGAGGUCAGAGGGGGAGAAGGUCCGUGUCGGGGACGACCUCAUCCUGGUCAGUGUGUCAUCUGAGAGAUACCUGCAUUUGUCCUAUGGGAGUGUGAUAGACAAUACGAGUGAGAGUGGCAGCCUCAUUGUGGACGCAGCCUUCCAGCAGACCCUCUGGAGGGUCGCCCCCAUCUGUUCUGGGAGUGGAGUUGCUCAAGGGUAUCUGAAGGGAGGGGACACGUUGAGGCUGCUGCAUGGACACACAGACGAAUGUCUGACUGUCCCAUCUACAGACCAGGGGGAGGAGCUACGCAAGGUGGUGCACUACGAGGGUGGAGCAGUGUCCAGUCAUGCCCGCUCUCUCUGGAGGCUCGAGAUCCUGCGUGUUGCCUGGAGUAGUAGCCACACACGCUGGGGUCAGCCAUUCCGGCUCCGCCAUGUCACCACAGGGAGGUACCUGAGUCUGACCGAGGAGAGAGGCCUUCACCUGGUGGACAGGGAGAGGGCUGACGUGAAGUCCACAUCCUUCUGCUUCCGACCCUCCAAGGAGAAGCUAGAAUGUGGCCCAAAGAAGGACAUUGAUGGUAUGGGUGCCUCAGAGAUCAAGUAUGGAGACUCCAUGUGCUACGUCCAGCAUGUGGACUCUGGUCUGUGGCUCACCUAUCAAGCCAUUGAUGCCAAGUGUGCCCGCUUGGGAGCAGUGCAGCGCAAGGCCAUUAUGCACAGUGAGGGUCACAUGGAUGACGGUCUGAGCCUGUCCCGUUCUCAGUGGGAGGAGUCCCACACGGCCAGACUCAUCCGCAGCACCGUCCUCCUCUUCACAGGCUUCAUCAGGAGACUUGAUGGUCUCAGUCAGCGAGCGAACACCCCCUCCUUAAACCUGCCACUAGAGACAGUGGCCCUAAGUUUGCAGGAUCUGAUUGGCUACCUCCAGCCACCUGGGGAGGGGCUAGGACAUGAGGCUAGGCAGAACAGUGUGCGAGCUCUGAAGAACAGACAGAAUCUAUUUCAAGAGGAGGGGGUCAUCGGUUUAGUUCUUGACUGUAUUGACCGUUUACACCUAUACAGCAGUGCCUCUCAUUUUGCUGCAGCUGCUGGGAAGGAGGCAGGAGAUGACUGGGAGAACAUCCUCAACUCCUUCUAUGAACUACUGGCUGCUCUUAUCAGGGGAAAUCGCAGGAACUGUGCCCAGUUCUCAGGCUCCCUGGACUGGCUGGUGAGCAGGCUGGAGGGACUGGAGGCCUCCACUGGUGUCCUGGAGGUUUUACACUGUGUCCUUGUAGAGAGUCCUGAGACUCUCAACUUUAUAAGGGAAGGACACAUUAAAUCCAUCAUCUCUCUACUGGAUAAGCAUGGGCGGAACCACAAGGUCCUGGAUGUGCUGUGUUCUCUCUGUGUGUGUCAUGGUAUGGCAGUGCGUUCCAACCAGCAUCUGAUCUGUGAUAACCUGCUACCAGAGCGAGACCUGCUUCUCCAGACUCGCCUCGUCAACCAGGUCACCAGCAUGAGGCCCAACAUCUUCCUGGCCCUGGGUGAUGACUCGGCCCAGUACAGGAGGUGGUACUAUGAGAUGACUGUAGACCAGGUGGAGCCCUUCCUCACGGCUGAGCCCACUCACCUGCGUGUGGGCUGGGCCAACACUGAGGGUUACAACCCCUAUCUCACGGGUGGAGAGGCCUGGGGGGGCAACGGGGUAGGAGAUGACCUAAGCUCCUAUGGCUUUGACGGGCUGUACCUCUGGUCAGGCUGUGUUGGCCGGAGAGUGAGCUCUCCCUAUCACCACCUUCUGAGGGAGGACGAUGUGGUCAGCUGCUGCAUUGACCUCGUUGCCCCCUGCAUCUCCUUCCGGGUCAACGGGCAGCCGGUCCAGGGCAUGCUGGAAAACUUCAACACUGACGGACUGCUCUUCCCAGUGGUCAGCUUCUCUGCUGGUGUCAAGGUGCGUUUUCUGCUGGGUGGGAGACAUGGAGAGUUCCGUUUCCUGCCCCCUCCAGGCUUCGCCCCGUGUUCCGAGGCUCUGCUCCCCAGGGUGAAGCUGAGGGUGGAGCCGUGUCAGGACUUCACCCAGGAGCAAUACCUUCUGGGCCCCACUGUACCCCUCACCCCAGCAACCUUUACCCCUAGUCCAGUAGACAUCAGCCAGGUGGUGUUGCCUGUUCAACUGGAGCAUAUUCGUGAGAGACUAGCAGAAAACACCCAUGAGCUGUGGGUCAUGGACAAGAUUGACCUUGGAUGGACCCAUGGAGCUGUUAGAGAUGACAGUAAGAAGCAGGACCCCUGUCUGGUGGAGUUCUCCAGGCUCCCAGAACAGGAGCGGAACCACAGCCUUCAGAUGUCCCAGGACACUCUCCGGACUCUCGUUGCCCUUGGUUUGCAUAUUGGACUGGCAGAUGGCCGUGCUGAUGAGGGAGUGAGAUACCUGAGGCUCUCCAACAAGUAUGAGAUGCCUAGUGGGUACAGACCAGCCCCGGUAGAACUGAGCCACAUCAUCCUGAGUCCUGCCCAGGAGGCGGUGGUGGAGCUGCUGGCUGAGAACGAUCACAACGUGUGGGCCAGGGACCGGAUCAGGCAGGGCUGGACCUACAGCUCACACCAGGAUGUGAAGGCCAAGCGGAGCCCCCACCUGGUGCCCUACAGCCUGCUGGAUGAGAGGAGCAGACAAUCUGGCAGAGACGGUGUGAGGGAGGCUGUGUGCACCCUGCUGGGCUACGGCUACAGUCUGGAGCCCCUGGACCAGGACAGAGCUGUGAUGCCAGACCCAUGUCACACAGCGGCUGAGAAGUUCAGGGUCUUCAGGGCAGACAAGUUGUAUGCUGUGACCAGGGGGAAGUGGUACUUUGAGUUUGAGGCGGUGACGGAAGGGGACAUGAGGGUAGGCUGGGCUCGUCCCCACUGCACACCGAAUGGGGAACUAGGAUCAGACAUGCAGGCUUUUGUGUUUGACGGCUCCAAGGCCCAGUGGUGUCACCAGGGAGGUGAGCCCCUGGGUCGGCCCUGGCAGAGUGGUGAUGUGGUGGGCUGCAUGGUUGACAUGGGUGAAUGCACCAUGAUGGUCACUCUCAAUGGAGAGGUGCUUUUGAACGACCGCGGAUCAGAGCUGGCUGCCAAGGACUUUGACAUCAACCAGGGCUUCCUCCCUGUGUGUAGUCUCGGGGUGAACCAGAAGGCCAGGCUGAAUCUGGGUCGUGACGUGGCCUCACUGUGUUACUUCACAGAGUGUGGCCUACAGGAAGGUUAUAAGCCAUUUGCUGUAAACAUGGCCAGAGACCCAGCUCUGUGGAUGAGCUGGAGACAACCACAGUUCAUCCCUGUACAGACAGACCAUGAUAGCAUACAGGUGACAAGAAUCCCUGGGUCCACUGAGAGCCCACCGUGCCUAAAGGUAACACAGAGGUCAUUGGGGCCCCAGAGUUGUGGCAGUGACAUGGGGUUCUACAGACUCAGUAUGCCUAUAGAGUGUGCUGAGGCCUUCUCCAGACCAGUAGGGGCUACUCUACCUAUCAGCAGCAGUGUCUCCACAGCCAGGAAAGACCUGCAGGAGUUUGAGGUGGACUCUGACUUUGAGAUGCUGCUGAAAUCAGCUCAUGUUUACACUGGCUCCAGGGAUGAGCUUAACCACAAGGACUACAGCCAUGAUAAAACAUCCAAACUCAAACAACGGUUCAUGUUGAAGAAACCCAAACCAGAGUUGAACAAAAGCCACUCAUCUGCCCGUCUACUGCAGGAGGUUCAUGCUGACAAAGAUGACUAUGACCAUCUGGCCCAGUCCACUACGUACUAUUACUCAGUGAGGGUGUUACCUGGUCAGGACCCAUCCACUGUCUGGGUGGGCUGGGUCACCUCUGACUUCCACCAGCACCAGCUGACCUUUGACCUGGAAAAGAUCCGCACAGUGACCGUCACCCUCGGAAAUGACAUGGGCAAGGUCCAUGAGAGUGUGAAACGUAGUAACUGCUACAUGGUGUGCGCCGGAGAGAGCACGGGCCUGGGGCAGAGCAGGAGGAGUGCAGGCCUGGCCAUAGGCUGUCUGAUAGACACCACCACUGGACUGUUAACAUUCAGCUCCAACGGCAUGGAGCUGGGGACCUUCUUUCAGGUGGAGCCCAGCACUAGGCUGUUUCCUGCAGUCUUUGCCAAGGCCAACAGCUCCAAUGUGUUCCAGUUUGAGCUAGGGCGCGUAAAGAACAUGCUGCCCCUGUCAGCGGGUCUGUUCAGGAGCCAGAGGAGGAAUGCUAUGCCCCAGUGUCCCCCCAGGCUGCAGGUGCAGGUGCUGUCGCCCAUCCUUUGGACCCGUGUACCAGACCACACCCUGAGGGUGCAGGCUGCCCACCCUGAAGACCGCCUCGGCUGGAGGGUCCAGUGCUUAGAGCCCCUGCAGGUCAUGACCCUGCUCAUCCCAGAGGAGAACAGGUGUGUGGACAUCCUGGAACUCUCUGAGUUAGGUGACCUUCUGUCUUUCCAUCACCACACCCUGCUCCUCUACUCUGCCCUCUGUGCUCUGGGCAAUACUCGUGUGGGCCACGCCCUCUGCAGCCACCUGGACCAAUCACAGCUCCUCUAUGCCAUCCAGAGCCCCCGCCUCCCCGGGCCACUCCGCUCCGCCUUCUACCACCUCCUGGGCCAGGUGCACCUCAGCACCCACGCCACGGCCCGCCUCGCUAUGAACCACGAGUACAUCGUCCCCAUGACGGAGCAGACCAGGGCCAUCACCCUCUACCCCAGCCCCAGGGCUAGUCGAAGCCCCCAGUGGGUUCCCAGAAUGGGCCUCAGCACCUCCCUCAGACCCCGGAUGCACUUCACCUCCCCCUGCUUCAUCAGAGGAGAUGGCAUGGGAGUCAAUGGGGAUACUUACAGCCCAGAGAUCCCACUGGAACUUCUGAAGGACCUGACAGGGAAUAUGCUGACUGAGGCUGUGUGGGCUGUGGGGCAGGGUGUGAGGGAUCCUGAAGGGGGCAGCAUUGAGCUGCUGCUGGUGCCCCUAAUUCGGCUGUUCCACACCCUGCUGGUGAUGGGGUUGUUUGGGGACGAGGAUCUAGGGAAAGUGCUGACACUGAUCGAGCCUGGGGUCUUCUCCCGACCUGCAGAUUGUUCCCAAGAAGAGGAGCAGGAGGAGGAAGAGGAAGAGCAGGAGGAUGAAAAUGUGCCAGAUAGUGAUAGGGAAAGUGUGAUGGAGAGGGAGGGGGAUAAAAGGAGGAAAAUUCCAAAGCUUCCAACAAAAGGACUGCUUCAGAUGAAGCUACCAGAAGCUGUCAAACUUGAGAUCUGCCACCUGUUCCAAUACCUGUGUGACUGUCAGGUGCGUCACAGGGUGGAGGCGGUGGUGGCCUUCUCAGACACUUUUGUGGGGUACCUGCAGGAGAACCAGCGCUUCCGCUACAACGAGGUGAUACAGGCUCUCCACAUGUCUGCUGCCCUCACCGCCCGCAAGACCAAGGAGUUCCGCUCCCCGCCACAAGAACAGAUCAACAUGUUACUGGGCUUCAGAGAGGAGCAGGGGGACUGUCCGUGUCCAGAGGACAUCAGAGAGCAGCUGCUGGACUUCCACCAGGACCUCAUGACUCACUGUGGAAUUGAAGUUGACCAUGACACAGAGGUUGUGGAGGAUUCCAAUCGCUCCAUCAAAGAUCGUCUCUUCAGCUUGGUUGGGAGAGUAAUCAGCUUGAAGAGGAGAUCUGCAGAUCCUGAAGAGGAAGACAGAGCACAGAAUACCAUGACUCUUCAGCAGCUCAUCUCUGACACAGUGGUGCGCUGGGCCCAGGAGUGUGUGAUAGAGAACCCAGCUCUGGUCAGGGCUAUGUUCUCUCUGUUGCACCGGCAGUACGAGGGCUUGGGGGGCCAGAUGGGCACUCCCCUCCACAAGGCCUACACCAUCAGCCAGGUGUCAGUGGAGGACACCAUGGCCUUGCUGGCCUCUCUGGUGCAGAUUCGUUCUCUGCUCAGCGUCCGCAUGGGCAAGGAGGAGGAGAGACUCAUGAUCCGGGGACUGGGAGACAUAAUGAACAAUAAGGUGUUCUACCAGCACCCCAACCUGAUGAGAGCUCUGGGAAUGCAUGAGACCGUCAUGGAGGUGAUGGUGAACGUCCUGGGGGAGGGAGAGUCCAAGGAGAUCACCUUUCCUAAGAUGGUGGCCCAUUGCUGUCGCUUCCUUUGUUACUUCUGUCGCAUCAGUAGGCACAAUCAGGGAUCCAUGUUCGAGCACCUCAGCUACCUGUUGGAUAAUAGCAGUGUUGGCCUAGCAUCUCCGUCCAUGCGUGGAGCAACCCCUCUGGACGUGGCCGCUGCCUCUGUGAUGGACAACAACGAGCUGGCUCUGGCCCUGAGGGAACCAGACCUGGAAAAAGUGGUGCAGUACUUGGCAGGCUGUGGUCUACAGAGUUGUCCCAUGCUGGUGUCUAAAGGCUACCCUGACAUUGGUUGGAACCCUGUGGAGGGGGAACGCUACCUGGACUUCCUACGCUUUGCUGUCUUUUGCAACGGGGAGAGUGUGGAGGAGAAUGCCUACUCGGUAGUGAGGCUGCUGAUUCGCCGUCCGGAGUGUUUUGGCCCCGCCCUGCGAGGUGAGGGUGGCGAUGGUCUCCUGGCAGCCAUGGAGGAAGCCAUCAGGAUCUCAGAGGACCUGACUGGACCCUCCACGACCUACGAGUCCAACAGAACACUGAACGUGCUGCAGGAUGAGGAGGAUGACAUAAUCCACAUGGGCCACUCCAUCAUGACCUUCUACUCCGCCCUCAUCGACCUGCUGGGCCGCUGUGCCCCGGAGAUGCACCUGAUCCAUGCUGGGAAGGGUGAGGCCAUCCGUAUCCGGGCCAUCCUGAGGUCCCUCAUCCCCAUCCAGGACCUGGAGGGAGUCAUCGGCAUCCCCUUCCAAAUCCCCUCUCUAGCAAAAGAUGGCACCAUAGUCGAACCAGACCCAUCCACUGUGUUCUGCCCGGACCACAAGGCAGCCAUGGUGCUGUUCCUGGACCGUGUGUACGGCAUCGAGGACCAGAACUUCCUGCUCCACCUGUUGGAAGUGGGCUUCCUGCCAGACCUGCAGGCUGUGGCCUCUUUGGACACAACUGAUCUGAGUGCCACAGACAUGGCCCUGGCACUGAACAGGUACCUGUGUACGGCUGUGCUGCCCCUGCUCACUAAGUGCUCCAGCCUGUUGUCUGGGACAGAGGGCCAGGGGCCGCUAGUGGAUGCUCUCCUCCAGGCCGUCUACCGCCUGUCCAGGGCCCUCAGCCUCACCAAGGCCCAGAGAGACGCCAUCGAGGACUGCAUGCUGGCCAUAUGCAGUAAGCUCAGGCCGUCCAUGAUGCAACCUCUACUCCGACGGCUUGUUUUUGAUGUGCCCCUUCUGACAAAUCACACUAAAAUACCACUCAAGCUGUUGACCAAUCACUAUGAGCAGAGCUGGAAGUACUACUGUCUGAUUGGAGGUUUGGGGCACCUGGGCUCCGCCUCAGAGGAGGAGCUUCACCUCUGCAGGAAGCUGUUCUGGGGAGUGUUCAAUGCUCUGUCCAGGAAGCACUAUGACACUGAGCUCUCCAAGCUGGCUCUGCAGUGUCUGGCAGCUGCAGCUGGAGCCCUCCCUCCUGACCACAUGGACCCUGGCUGUGUAGCCUGGAUUAAGAGACACCCCUCCAUGGACGCACAGGGACACUUUGACCCCCAGCCUGUAGACACCUCCAAUGUGUCAGUACCAGAGAAACUGGAAUUUGUGGUGAAUAAAUAUGCAGAACACACCCAUGAGAAGUGGUCAAUGGACAAGUUUGCCAAUGGCUGGGUCCAUGGGGAGCUCUGUGAAAAGACCAAAGUACACCCUCUCCUGAAGCCUUACAGAGCUCUGGCUGAGAGGGACAAAGAGGCGUAUCGCUGGUCUGUAAAGGAGACCGUGCGAAGUAUGUUGGCCUUUGGCUGGACCAUAGCGAGAACUAAAGAGGGAGAUGGCCUUGGCCUACUCACCUGCUCACGCCGCUUCUCCCAGGCUGGACAGCUGUCGUUUGAAGGAGCAUCAACUUUCACCCCCAAGCCAAUGGACAUGAGCAGUGUGACACUCUCAUGGGACCAGUGUUCUGUGACUGAAUUGCUGGCUGAGAACUACCAUAACACCUGGUCCAGGAAGAAGAAGCAGGAAGUGGAUGCUAAAGGGGGAGGGGGUCAUUCUACGCUGGUGCCCUAUGAUACCCUCCCUACCAAGGAGAAAGCCAAACUGAGAGAGAAAGCCCAGGAUGUCCUGAAGUUCUUCCAGCUGAACGGCUACACAGUGUGGAGGGACAGAAAGGCAGCAGAGAUGGACUCACCAGCCAUAGCAAACCGUUUUGCCUACACUUUCCUACAGCAGCUCCUCUCAUACACAGAGGAGACCCAAGAAUACAUGCAGGAGCUGGGUAAGGAUGGUAGCCAUACAUCAUCAGACAUCUUUCCUUUUACAAGUGACGUUGACUUUUUCAGCAAGGUGGCGUUACCCCUUCUGGAGCAGUACCUGAAGAACCAUCGCCUCUACUUCCUUUCCACCGCAGCCAGAUCACGAGGCAACGGAGGUCAUGCCUCCAAUAAGGAGAAGGAGAUGGUCACCAGCCUGUUCUGCAAAUUGGGAGCUCUUGUCAGACAAAGGAUCUCUCUGUUUGGGAGCGAUGCACCUUCCAUCGUCAGCUGUCUUCUCAUACUGGCCCAGUCUCUUGAUGUCAGGACUUUGAUGAAGACUGCUCCAGAAUCAGCCAGGGUCUCGCUACGGUCCUUCUUCGAGGCUGCAGCGGUGGACCUGGAGAUGACCGUGGAGAACCUCUCUAUGACCCAGAGCUGGACCCAGUCCAGAGGGGUGGCCCAGAUCCUGGACUACACCAAUACCACCCUGCUGCCGACUCUCACCUCCAUUUUUGAACACCUCAGCCACAAUCAGUAUGGAGAGGACCUCUUGGUGGACAGUGUCCAGGUGUCCUGUUAUAAGAUCCUCAACAGCCUCCACUCACUUGGCCUCAGCAAAAGUUUCUACGUGGAGGGGCAGAGGCCGUCAGCAGGAGCGUGUCUGGCAGCGCUGUCAGGGGCUUUCCCUGUGUGUUUCCUGGAGCCAGCUCUGAAUGAGGACAACCCGUACUCCAUCUACAACACCAUGAGCCCCAGAGAGCGAGAGGAUGUGGGAGUUCCGGACGAGGUGGAGGAGGUGUGUCCUCUCUUGCCAUCUCUGCAGCAGCUUCUGGGGGAGGUGGAGGAGCUGGCAGGGGCAGGCUCAGGGGCACGCCAAGCCCAGUACAGCCAUGUCACCGAGAUCACCCUACCCUUGCUCUGCAGCUACGUGUCCCGUUGGUGGCAGCACGGUCCCGAGGGCCAGCUGGAGAGCCCGGUCUGCACCUCAGUCACCUCCCAGCAUGCAAGCACACUGCUGGGCAACAUCCUCCGCAUCAUCCACAACCACCUGGGAACAGGCCAGGGAGACUGGAUGAAGCGCCUGGCAGUUUUCUCUCAGCCAAUCAUCUGCCAGGCCCACCCCCAGUUGCUGAGGAGCCACUUCCUGCCUCUGAUGGAGAAACUGAAGAAGAGGGCAGAAUCAGUGCUUCAGGAGGAGGAGCAGAUAAAGGCUGAGGGGAGGGCCGAUGCGUCUGAGGCGGAGCUACAGAUUCAGGAGAAAUUCAUUGUGCUGGUGCGAGACCUCUACGCCUUUUACCCUGUCCUCAUCCCAUUCGUGGACUACAAUAGAGCAAGUUGGCUACGGGAACCGAACCAUGAGGCUGAGAAGAUGUUCGGCAUGGUGGCAGAGAUCUUCAUAUUCUGGGCCAAGUCUCACAACUUCAAAUGGGAGGAACAGAACUAUGUGGUCCAGAAUGAGAUCAACAACAUGGCUUUCUUGGUCAAUAAUAACAAUCACAAAAUGUCCAAGCAGGUGUCAGACCAGGAGAGGAGGAAGAUGAAGCGGAAAGGGGAUCGCUACUCCACACAGACCUCUCUCAUCGUAGCCUCCCUGAAGAGAUUGCUUCCUGUGGGACUGAGUGCGUGUUCCCCAGCAGACCGCGGCCUUAUCACACUGGCCAAGAGCCGCUUCACUCAGAAGGACACAGAGGACGAGAUUCGAGAGAGCAUUCAUAAUGGCCUGCUACGUCUUCAGAGCAAACGGGAGGCCCCAGGGGCUCGGUGGCAGGAUGUCCUGUUCAGGGACUUCCCAGGCCCCACACGGGACACCUCUGACCCUCUGAGGACAGUAGAAAGGGUCCUGGACAUUGCUUGCGUGCUUUACCACCUGGACCAGGUGGGCUUAGAGAAUGCUGCUCUCUUACCCUAUCAUAUGCUAUUAGUAGAGCAUCCCCAGAGGAAGAAGGCAGUGUGGCACAAGGUGUUAUCCAAACAGAGGAAGAGAGCUGUGGUGGCCUGCCUUAGAAUGGCUCCUCUCUACAACCUACCCAGGCACCGGGCUGUCAACCUCUUUCUACAGGGCUAUGACAAGUCCUGGAUAUCUGCUGAGGAUCACUCCUUUGAGGAAAAGUUGGUUGACGAUUUGGCUCAGGAGCGUUCUGAGAGAGAGGAGGAAGGAGAGGACGAUGACGAACAGAUUGAUCCGCUCCUGCAGCUCAUCACACUGUUCAGUCGGAGUGCUCUGACCGAGAGGUGUGUUAAGCUUGGCGAUGACAGUCUUUACAUGUCCUAUGCUGCCAUAAUGGCAAAGAGUUGCUGUGGUGAAGAGGAUGAGGAGGUGAAAAGCUUUGAAGAGAAGGAGAUGGAGAAACAGAAGCUGUUGUAUCAGCAGGCCAGGCUGCAUGACCGUGGAGCUGCUCAGAUGGUCCUCCAGACUAUCAGUGCUAGUAAAGGUGACAUGGGGUCCAUGGUGGCCUCCACUCUGAAGCUUGGUAUUUCUAUUCUGAAUGGAGGAAAUACCACUGUUCAGCAGAAAAUGUUGGAUUACCUGAAAGAGAAGAGGGACGUGGGUUUCUUCCAGAGUGUGGCAGGACUCAUGCAGUCUUGUAGUGUGCUGGAUUUGAAUGCGUUUGAGAGGCAGAACAAAGCCGAAGGAUUAGGGAUGGUCAUCCAGGAGAGCUCAGGGGAGAAGGUUAUGCCUGAUGAGAAGUUGACCUGUGAUCUUUUUCGCUUCCUACAGCUCCUCUGUGAAGGACACAACUCAGAUUUUCAGAAUUAUUUGAGAACACAAACAGGAAACAACACGACUGUGAACAUCAUUAUAUCCACUGUGGACUACCUUCUCAGAGUGCAGGAGUCGAUAAGUGAUUUCUACUGGUAUUACUCUGGGAAGGAUGUGAUUGACGAACAUGGCCAGCGUAACUUCUCCAAGGCCAUCAAUGUGGCCAAACAGGUCUUCAACUCUCUCACAGAGUACAUCCAGGGGCCGUGUACUGGUAACCAGCAGAGUCUGGCCCACAGUCGUCUAUGGGAUGCAGUGGUGGGCUUUCUCCAUGUCUUUGCUCACAUGCAGAUGAAGCUGUCUCAGGAUUCCAGCCAAAUUGAAAUUCUGAAAGAAUUGAUGGAUUUGCAAAAGGACAUGGUUGUUAUGUUGUUGUCCAUGUUAGAAGGUAAUGUGGUAAAUGGAACAAUUGGCAAGCAGAUGGUGGACAUGUUGGUGGAAUCAUCUAGCAAUGUUGAGAUGAUCCUAAAGUUCUUCGACAUGUUCCUCAAACUCAAAGACCUGACAUCCUCUGACGCAUUCAAAGAGUAUGAUCACGACGGCAAAGGUCGCAUCUCCAAAAAGGACUUCCAGAAGGCCAUGGAGGCCUACAAGCGCUACUCUCAAUCCGAGACCCAGUUCCUCCUCUCCUGCACGGAGACGGAUGAAAGCGAGCUCCUGGAUUAUGAGGCCUUCGUGGAUCGCUUCCACGAGCCAGCCAAAGACAUUGGCUUCAACAUUGCUGUUCUCCUAACCAACCUGUCCGAGCACAUGCCUCACGAUUCACGUCUUGGUACCUUUCUGCAGCUUGCAGAGUGUGUUCUGAGCUACUUCCAGCCCUACCUGGGCCGUAUUGAGAUCCUUGGCAGUGGCAAGCGCAUCGAGAGGGUCUACUUUGAGAUCAGCGAGUCCAGCCGCACGCAGUGGGAGAAGCCUCAGGUCAAAGAGUCCAAGAGACAGUUCAUAUUUGACGUGGUCAAUGAGGGCGACGGGAAAGAGAAGAUGGAGAUGUUUGUCAACUUCUGCGAAGACACCAUCUUUGAGAUGCAGCUGGCUGCCCAGAUAUCAGGGACAGACACUGGGGAGAGGACCGCAGGCAAAGAGGCUGAAGAAGAGGAAGAAAAAGACAGGGGGAAGAAUGACGAGGAGGAGUUGGGAAGAUCCAAAAUGGGAUUUUUCUCCAUGUCCACAAUAUGGCUCAUCGUCUUCGCUCUACCUUAUGGCUUGAUGAUGCUGAUGUCUAUGCUCUCUGUGAAAAACCUGAAGAAGCAUAUUAAGAAGACAACUCUGAGGAAUUUAGUCAUGGUAUUUGCUUCCUUCUUCCAGGCCAUGAUCAUGGGUCUGGUCCACUUUGUCUGUUCUGUAGUUCGCUUCUUCUUAUAUGUACUGUACAUUGUUUUUGUAAGUGGAGGACUCAUAGAGGGGGCCAAGAAGAUAAGGGUGUUCGACCUUUUUGGAGGCAUCCUUGACCCCACACUCGAUGAGGUCACAGGGGGGUCAGGGGGUUACAGGGAGAGGAGAUACAGCACAAGGUCCUCCCGGGACGAGCUGAGGGGGCUGGGCCAGUCAACAGUUUCUUCCAGUGACACCAAUGUCCUGUCAGACAUUUUCGGUCUGCGAGUGAGGAGAGAAGGAGGUCAAUACAGACUAAUGACUCAUGACUUAACAGCCAGUCUGACUGACCUGUUCAACACAGCCACUGGCCAACAAUCCCCUGCUGAGCCCAAUGGGAAACAACAGGUUGAGGGUGCCAGAGAAGAAGAUGGUAAAGAAGGAGAAGAGAAAGAGUCUGAGUUGGAGAAAGCAGAAAGGGAAGAUUCUGAGAAGGAGGCGGCGAAGGCUAAACUGAGAGUUAGGAUAUGCUCCAGCAAACCUGAGGAGCCAGAGCCUCAGGAAUCAGCCUUCUGGGAAAUGAUAACCACUCACCAGAAGAGACUGUUGAAUUACUUUGCGAGGAAUUUCUACAACAUGCGGAUGCUGGCUUUGUUUGUUGCCUUCUCUAUCAACUUCAUUCUCCUUUUCUACAAGGUGUCAUCACCCUCUUCUGUAACUGAGGAAGAGGAGAAGGUGGCAGUGCUUUACGACAGCUCAGGGGACCUGGAUGAAGAAGGCACCUUGGUCAAUGACAACACCUCAGGCAUUAUGCAGUUUGUCCUGGAGGAGAGCACUGGUUACAUGGAGCCCUCUCUCCGCUUCCUGUCCAUCGCUCACACCCUCAUCUCUUUCUGCUGUAUCAUUGGCUACUACUGCUUGAAGGUCCCGCUGGUUAUUUUUAAGCGGGAGAAAGACGUGGCGAGGAAGAUGGAGUUUGACGGCCUCUAUGUCACUGAGCAGCCACCUGAUGAGGACAUCAAAGGCCAAUGGGACAGGCUUGUCAUCACCACACAAUCAUUUCCCAGUAAUUACUGGGAUAAAUUUGUGAAAAGGAAGGUGAUGGACAAGUAUGGGAAGUUUUAUGGUUGUGACCGCAUCAGUGAGCUGCUGGGGCUGGAUAAGGCUGCUCUCGACUUCAGCUCCGAGGGACAGGAGAGGAGAAGGCCCAGGAGAGAGGGAGCCUGGACUGCUCUAUUAAACUCAAUUGAUGUCAAGUAUCAGGUGUGGAAACUAGGAGUAGUGUUCACUGACAACUCCUUCCUGUACCUGGCAUGGUAUAUGACCAUGUCUGUCCUGGGCCACUAUAAUAACUUCUUCUUCGCUGCUCACCUGUUGGAUAUUGCCAUGGGCUUUAAGACCCUUAGAACCAUCCUGACCUCUGUUACCCACAAUGGCAAACAGUUGGUCCUGACUUUAGGGCUGCUGGCAGUGGUGGUGUAUCUCUACACCGUGGUGGCCUUCAACUUCUUCCGCAAGUUCUACAACAAGAGUGAAGAUGGAGUAGCUCUGGACAUGAAAUGUGACGACAUGCUCACUUGCUAUAUGUUCCACAUGUAUGUGGGCGUGAGAGCGGGGGGUGGCAUCGGUGAUGAGAUUGAGGACCCGGCCGGGGACGAGUUUGAGGUGGUCAGGAUCAUCUUUGACAUCACCUUCUUCUUCUUCGUCAUCGUCAUCCUCCUGGCCAUCAUUCAGGGUUUGAUAAUUGAUGCCUUUGGGGAGCUCCGUGACCAGCAGGAGCAGGUGAAAGAGGACAUGGAGACCAAGUGUUUCAUCUGUGGAAUCGGGAAUGACUACUUGGACAAUGUGCCCCAUGGAUUCGAAACACACACUCUGCAGGAACACAACCUGGCCAACUAUCUAUUCUUUGUGAUGUACCUCAUUAACAAAGAUGAAACAGAACACACGGGCCAGGAAUCCUACGUAUGGAAAAUGUACCAGGAGCGAUGCUGGGAAUUCUUUCCUGUCGGUGACUGUUUCCGUAAACAGUAUGAAGACCAGCUCUGCUGAAGGGAUGAGGGAUAUCUGAUGUGUGUCAUGUUAACAUCAUCAUAUAGGAUGACACGGUGCCUUCAGAAAGUAUUCACACCCCUUGACUUUUUCCACAUUUUGUUGUCACAGCCCAAAUGUUAUAUUGAUUAUUUUGUGUCACUGGCCUAUACACACUACCCCAUAAUGUAGAAGUCUAAUUAUGUUUUCAACAUUUUUACACAUUAAUUACAAAUGAAAAGCUGAAAUGUCUUGAGUCAAUAAGUAUUCAACCCCUUUCUUAAGGCAAGCCUAAAUAAGUUCAGGAGUGAAAAUGUGCUUAACAAGUCACAUAGAGCGAGUCCAUGGAACUUAUUAUGUGCAACAAUAGUGUUUAACAUGAUUUUUGAAUGACUACCUCAGCUCUGUACCAAACACAUACAAUAAUCUGUAAGGUCCCUCAGUCGAGCAGUGAAUUUCAAGCACAGAUUCAACCACAAAGACCAGGGAGGUUUUCCAAUGCCUCGCAAAGAAGGGCACCUAUUGGUAGAUGGAUAAAAAUGCAAUAAAAAGCAGACAUUGAAUAUCCUUUUGAGCAGGGUGAAGUCAUUAUUACCGUUUGGAUUGUGUAUCAAUACACCCAGUCACAAAAAAUAUACAGGCAUCCUUCCUAACUCAUUUGCCAGAGAGGAAGGAAACCGCUCAGGGAUUUCACCAUGAGGCCAAUGGUGACUUUAAAACAGUUACAGAAUUAUGGCAAGAAAAUUUACUUUAUGUCCAGAAAACAAAGUGUUAUGUUUGGGGCAAGUCCAACAUAACACAUC